GAGACUAGAAGAGAAACAGAACAAAGCAACGGCCGCGCCAUUUUUAAAAGGGCUAAUCGCUUCCUCUCACGGGACAGGGAGCCAGAAGAUGGCAGUUCUCCCGCUCCUGUGCGCUACUUUGAGAGGGGCCACCCUCUUCCAGCCAAUCACAGUCCUGAGCGCAAAGCCACAAUCCCCUACCGAAACCCCGACCUGGGUCUCCCGUCCUAUAGGAGGCGCUCUGACAAUCUUAGCAACGAGGCAAUGAGUGGCCUCUCCCCCCAGCGACACAUGUCCUAUUCAAAUUUCAGACGCGGGGACAGCCAAUCCCGUGCAAGCCCUCGUUCCGGCAGCCCGAGAUCCACGAACGUCUCACCGCAGAGGCGAGGGGAAUCGCGCAGUUCGCCCCAUCGCCGAGGUUCCACCGGACACCGGACGUCUCACACGUCCUCUCAACAGGCUUCUGGAAAAUGCACUCCAUCACAUAGACGAGAUUCGGUGGUCACGCGCACCACGUCUCCCUCGAGAAGCUCAGGUACGAAUAAAUAUGAGGAGUCCUUUAGCCCCGCCCACAAAAGAAGCCCCUCCCAAAGCUCCUACGGACACAGCUUGGAUUCUGAAAAGCUUUAUAAGAAUCUCAAAUCAAUUGCGAGUUCGGCAGAGUCAGAUGUCUCCGAAGAAAGGAACGGCUGGUCGAAAAGACAUUCUGAUGUGGAAAUCGAUGGCGAUUAUAAUCAACGCAAACACGGUGGUCGCAAUAGCACUCGCAGCAGUCGAAAGAGUGGGGGCUGCAAUACUGGAUACAACAGUCGGGAUUUCUCUCCUAAACGAGGCUAUCGUGAUGACAAAACAAGCCGCGGCAGUCGAAAUAGUGGCUACAACAGUGGAUCUAACAGCCAUGGUGCCUCAACACCUUAUCAAGAUUACGAUGAACAUGGUAUACUAAAAAACAGUACUUCGAAAAACAAAAGCCGCAGGAAUGGCGGCUACUCAGACACCUCGGACAAACAAUCCAGAUCUGAUUCCCACCAUUCACUAAGCCCCACCCACUCCCCUCUAAGCCCCGCCUCACCUGCAUCAACACCAAACAUCUCCCAAUCAAGGCGGAGCCGGAAUCAGGUUCCAUCCCCCGAUUUGCCUAAAUCCCAAGCCUCAAUAUCAGAGACGGACAAGCCGGUCAAUGAUCGGAGCAGAAGCAACAUCAGGCGGGGUUUGGAGGCGCUAAUCCUCUCAGAGAACACCAGGUCUUCCAGCCAACCCGCAGUGCCAGAGAUGACCAUUGAGGACUAUGUGAUCAUAGCCGAUAUUCCCCGAUCGAAGCUGUACCCUGAAGAAGAGGAAGCAGUAAUAGUGAGGAGGAGACCGCAGAGCCAGAGCCCAUGCAGAGACAAUCAGCACAGCUAUGGGGAUGGGAGAUAUGACCAUGAGCGUGAGGUUUCAGAAGAGCGAGGCAGAGGAAGAGAAAGAGAGAGAGGAAGAGACCGCAGAGAGAAAGAACGCAGACGUCCAGACAAAGAGAUGGGAGGGUCGUCAAAAACCAACAGCACUGCAUCAGGCCAUUCACAGAGGUGCAGCAAAAAUGGAGAAAGCGUUCGGAUGGUAAACGGGAAGCACAAAAGUCCAGAAGAGUCCCCUCAGAUGCAGCUUGAUCUUCCGCUCUGUAAAAAGGGAUGGAUGUAUAUGCUGGAUGAAGAUGAAGAGUGGAGGAAACACUGGUUCGUGAUCUCUGAUUCAGGAUUGAGAUACUAUAGAGACUCUGUGGCUGAAGAGAGAGAUGAGGCAGAUGGUGAGAUUUAUUUACGUCACUGUCUGCGAGUGGAGGAAUUUGAUGCCGAUAAAAACUAUGGACUUCAACUGCAUAUGCGUCAUGGACUGGUGACCCUGUCAGCGAUGACCUCCAGAAUCAGGAGGAACUGGAUCGACACACUCAGGAGGAGAAUAUCGUUCAGGGAUUCGGCUGAAAGCAUCCGACACCCAGACAACAGUGACAUCAGCGACAGAGAGGACUCCUAUUCCCAGAAUGCACCUCUCACACCCCAUGACCCGGGGUCAGAUGUCGGCGGUCCGUAUCAGGAUGAACCCCACCUGCCGUCCUCACCGAUACCCAACCGGCGGGAAGCCGGCGAGGGCCGCGACCGAGAGCUUGAAAGACGUCUGGAGGGCCGAACCAAGUGGUUCCAGGAGGGAGUUUCUGACAGGGAGGGUGAAGACCCCUGGGACAAGGUGGAGUUGAAGAAGGGUGUCGUGAUUCCAGUGAUUUUGACCCGGCCGCAGGUUCCUGACGCUCAGACCGGGCCAGACAUCGAGAGCAAGUGGGCGGACUUUGAGCAGCUUCCGAUCGGAGAGAAAAGGUCCCCAGCUGGUGUCCAGAAUCCCCAAACAACAAAUGAGGGUCUUCAGGGGGAGGUGGUGUCUCUGAGGCAGCAGAUCGAGGCUCUCCGUCAGGUCCGUGUGGCAGCUGGUGUUUGUGGUCCCGAUGCGCCCUGCGCUCUGAAGCUGGAGCAGCUGGAGAAAGAGCACAGGGAGAGACGGCAGAAGAUACACGACGAACACGAGAGAGAGCGCAGAGAGAUGGAGAGAGAGAAACAGAGACUGCUGCAGGAGGAAGCCAAGAACGCAGUGCAAGCGAUGGAGGCUCUGAGGAAAGCUCAUCGGGAGGAGAUUGAGAGGCUGAAGGCUCACGGAGGAGAGACGACAGACCCCUCCGUCAGACAACAGCUGUGCGAGUCGCUCGCUCUGCAGCAUGAGUUGGACGGUCUGUCAGAGCGAUAUUCCCAGCAGUGCGUGGAGCUCAACCGCAUCCAGAGCAACACCGAAGAGAGGAACGGAGAGAUCCGACAGAAGGAGAGAGAGAUGGAGCAGCUCCGGCAAGAGAACCAGGAACUGCAGGCUCGUCUGACGGAGGAGAUAAGUCUCAUGCGAUCCUUCAUCACAGGUCAGAGGUCAGGAGUGGUUCCCCUCGGCAGCUACGAAAGGAGCACCUCCGAACUAGAGAUGUUACUGAAGGUGAAGGAGAGCGAGGUGGAGUUUCUACAUAAAGAGAUCAGCUGUCUCAGGAAAGAGGUCCAAACUCUUACUAAGGAGAAUGAAGCUUUGAGCGAGCGCUAUAAGCAGGUGUAUGUGGAGUUGACUGAAUUACGGGGCCGCAGUGAGAGAGACAUCAAUGCACUUAAAGAGCAUCUCAAACUCACUGAUGCUGCACUGGAGGAGGGGUGUCUCCCAGGCAACAGCACCGACCAAUGAGAGCACAGCAAGAGGGCAAAUGAGACGGAUGGGCUGCACUGGUUUCUCCAUCUCCCUUUGGUCAUGUGUAUACAGGAUACUGUGUUAUGUGAAGCUCUUUUUUUAUCUUGUUGGUUAGAAACUACAGUGGUGCUGAAAGUCAAUAAACACUCCAGGCUCUUAAAUCAAGAUAUAUUCUAAGUUAAACACGUAAAAAAAAAACUUAUGUAAAAGUGUAUGAAUGUCAAUGUAUGUGGGACCGUUUGUAAAAUAAAAUGUGUAAGAAAAACUGGUCAGAUUUAACUUCAAAACAAAUAAA